AUGAACUACAUACCGGCUGUUUCGACAGCAGCAGCUGCCAACAUGUCUUCCAUGGCUAAUAUGACAGCAGCUUAUUUUGGAAAAGGAGCCUAUGCUGCUCCUCAUCUUGGAUUUUCUGCUCCACCUUCCCACAAUAUACUUCCAGCUGGAAUGGGCUACUUUGGUGGAAGCUUGACAGACUGUCAGCCUGGUCUUGGAUGGAAUGCAUCCACACAACCUAACUUCAGAAAACAACGACGUGAACGAACAACUUUUACCAGAUCUCAGCUAGAAAUAUUGGAAGGAUUUUUUGCCAAAACCCGUUAUCCAGAUAUCUUUAUGCGAGAAGAGAUGGCCAACAAAAUCCAAUUACCCGAGAGUCGUGUUCAGGUGUGGUUCAAAAAUCGCAGAGCCAAAGCUCGUCAGCAGAAAAAGGCUCAGAAUAAUGGAGGUUCAUCAAGCGGAUCUUCAUCUACAGAAGGAAAUACAAGCACAGCAGAAUCUGAACAAGUAGUUGUGAAAUCAGAAGAGCCAAGUGAAAGCAAUAUGUCAGAUAAUACACAGUCACCUUCAGCGAUGACUAAUGUGGAAAGCAUUGAUACAAAACCUGUUGUUCCAGCAUAUCUUCCUACUGUAUCCGUAUAUGGUCGACCACAAGCUCAAUACGCAUAUGGAAACUAUUCAUCAAUGGAAGCUUACUUCCCAUAUGCACAGCCCAUGUCAACGGCCACCAGUCAGUACUCAAUGGAUCAAUACAAUAAUAAAUUCCAAACCAUUCCAUAG